AUGAUUGGUGAAAUGGUUUAUGAUUUAAAAUUUUACAUGUUAAUGUUAACUAUAUUCAUAUUAACAUAUGGUGUACCUACAUAUAGUUUACUCUAUGGUGUUCAAAAAUUUUCUUGGCAUACUCCACGUGCUAUUUUAAAUUUAGCUUAUUGGCAAAUAUUUGGUGAAUUAGAAGUUCUAGACGAUAUUGAAAAAAACUAUGAAAUAACUGGUUAUGUUGUAUUUAUAUUAUUAAUUGCUUAUAUGACAGUAGCAAGUGUUCUUUUAAUUAAUCUUCUUAUCGCUAUGUUUAGUAAUACAUUUGAUCGUUUACAAUUAGAUACAGAUUGUAUAUGGAAAUUUCAACAUUAUUCAUAUGUAUGUUAUCAUUUAACUCUUCCAUCACUUCCUCCACCAUUAAUUAUAUUUUCACAUAUUUAUCGUGUAAUAAUCUAUAUUUUUUCACAUAAAUUUAAAAUCGAAUGGUUUUAUCAAAAAUAUAUUCAACAUACGAAUCGAUCGAAAUUUAGAAAUGAAGUUUAUUUUUUUUCAUUAAAAACUGAUCGAAAAGAAAUUAAUCAAUCAACUGAUUUAAAUGAAGAACGAGUACAUUCUCCGCAAGAAAUUCUUAUAAAUAAAAUUAAAACACUUGAAAAUCAAGUUCAAAUAAUACAAAAUCAACAAAGUAAUAUGUUUGAAUAUUUGAAAUAUUUAAUGAAUGGAAUCAAAAAAAUUGGUGGUGAUGAUAUUGAAAUGCCCAAAGUAUUACAUCAAAAUUCUGAAUUACUUUAUGAUACAUCAAAUUAUUAUUAUUUAUUUUGUUAUAAUGAUGUACGUCGAAAAGAUCCUCAUGGGUUUUAUAUAUUUAAAACACGUAUUUUACUCUUAGAAAUGGAAUAUAUUCCUUGUGUUGUUCUUAUCAAUCUUGAACGAAAGACUAUAGAUUCAGUUCGUAGUGAUCCGUUUGAUCAACUAUUUCGAUCAAAUAAUUUCAUUUAUAAAACUCAAUUAUGUGGUUGCCUUCAAGGUUUUCAAAUGUGUCAUUCACUUGACAAUAGAAUUGAAUCAGGUAUAAUGAUGAGAUUCAAUGUAAUUCCAUCAUCAAAAGUCUCGGAAAUUGUUGUUGAACCAACUAUUUUUCAUGAUCGAAUAUCAAUGAAAGAAGUUGAUCAACACAUGUUAAAUAUUUAA